UUUGGUGUGUAGCAGUUUAUUUUUUUGACAUGAUCACGUUGCCCGUCGUGUAUCUCUUGGCCCUUCAACUUUUGUUUGGGUGGACCGCCGGUGGACAAGUAAUCCCUGGAGAGCCCCCAGCCUUCCCCUCCACUGAUGAUCCUCGAGACCAGUUUGUGUUUGAGAGAGAUGCUGACAAUAUGCCAGUCUCUCUAGUCUUCACCUGUCCGGUGACUGGCACCGGUCCUCCUACAAUAAACUGGUUUCGCAGAGUUCCUGGUGGCGACUUCAUGAUGGACAAUGAGUUCAUACAGGAGGAUGGGUCCUACAUAUUCCCCAACAUCACUGCAGCUGACUCAGCCUAUGCCAGUGGGGACGGUAUAGAGUACUACUGCACAGCCACCAAUAACUUUGGGACAAUCCGCAGCAGAACUGUCAGGGCCUUCUAUGCUGAUUUUAAGGGAUUUGCUAUCAAUGGGACGAAGGUUCCUGAAGGCACUGACCCUGUUGAACGUGAGGUGGAUGUCAUAGUAGCAGAUGUAGCUACAAACCUGCAGUGGGUAUCUCUGGAGUGUGAGGUUGUGCCUUUCUCCACCCCAACUCCUGAAAUCCAGUGGAUCAGGACUGACACUGAUGGAGGGAAUCUAGAAGUUCUGACUGAGGAUUUUGAUCAGAAUACAGUUCGUUUCCUUGACGGAGGCCAGUGGCUGAUCCUGGAGACAACUCAGGCUGCUGUCACUGGGAAGGUGUACUACUGUCAGGUGACCAACAAGCAGAGGUUCCAGACCGUGAGAGGCCCCAUCACCUACACCCUCAAUCCCGGUGAGCCCCUCUCAUCACUGUGUGGUAACGAGGUCUCAUUUCACCCACCAUCUCCAGUGACCAGUUUCUCUGAUGAGCCUGAUGACCCAGCAGUCAUAGUGGACCCUAAACCAGAGAAUGAGCAAGACAGACUCUCUGGAGACAUACAGCGGUACUCUGACUAUCGAAUCUACCAAUCCGGGCACUCGGGGAUGUACCAGUGUAUAGUUGAGAACAACAGUGGCUCAGAUGGCUUCAGUUGGUACCUCAUAGUCCGUGAUGCUAUUGCUCCUAAGAUUGUCACGAGUUUAACGUUGCCCCUGACCCGUUGUUGGUUCUCCUUCAUCCAGGCGAGCGUGCUCCGGUCCUCCUCUCUGUCAAUGUCACUGCUGACCCCUGCCCCACAGUGGUCUGGACUAGAUGGGCAGCCCAUCCCUGAGGCUGAAGCUACUUCAUCCGAGCGAGCUGACAUCACUGACCUAAGGGCUGAUCCAGACAGUCCGAUAGAAGACACAGACACUGGCUGCCUCAGUGCUGACUCCACAGCCAUGAUCAUCUGUGACAACAUUGCCUUCCCUGUCGCCACCACUGUGGAGUUUUUGAAGGACGGUGUAGUGAUAGAUGCUGAUGCAGAGGACAGGUUCACACAGAAUUGCGAGACUCUGACAAUCGCAGGAGUCACUCCUGAAGACGAAGGCUCGUACACGUGUAGGGUUCAGAAUCUCCCGGAUGAUCAGUUUGAGGACACCAGCAGUGAUUUCCCUCUCAAACUGGACUACUGUAUUGUGCCCAGUAUAGUGGUAGACCUGACAUUCACGAGGAAGAAUCCGGAAGAGGGAGACGAGACGACUGCCUCAUGUGGGUGGACUGGGAGCCCUGACCCUGUGGUCACCUGGUACAAGGACGGCUCUCCUCUGGAUGAAGAGGAGCUCCCGGCCAGGAUCAGGAUCACCAUGUCCGAUGAUGGAGACACAUUCCAGAGCAGUCUCCAGAUUGACAACGUGAUGCCAAGCGACACUGGAGACUACGCCUGCAAUGUCAGCAACCCUAUCGGCUUUCGUUUCAAUUCAACAGGCUGGAAGUCCAAGGUGUUCAAGGUAGUGUUUAUGAAGAACAUUAUUACAGUGUGAAAAUUCCCCCAUUAUUGCUAUAUAGCAGCUAGCUCAAGUUUGAAUGCAGAAGUGGGGCUUGCAGUUGGACUUUCUCUUCUAGGACUCUUCAUAUUCCUCUCAGUCCUUGCAGUUUUGAUCUUCCUGUGGCGUGUGAUUAAGAUGAAGGCGGGGCUAAAAUCCUCAGUGGGUGAGGAGGUGACUUACACAGAAAUCAACGAAAGAAAUGAACCCAAAGAGACGGAAAUGGAGAUGAUGCCAAACUCUGCCUAUGUACCUCGACCUGUAGUACAUGACGAAGAUAACUAUGACAUCGUCGCUUAGCAGUAAUUCGUUUUGGACUAAUGAAGUCUUACUUUAGUCAAUCUCUUUGUGUUCUCCAGAGCCAGUGUCUUCUUUCAGUGUAUUAAUGUCAU